AUGACGUCAGAGAUAAUUGAUUAUGGUGUCGGCAGUGAUUACUGCAAAUUAUGUAUGGAACAACAACUAUUCGAUCAACCGUCGACUUAUACAUGUAAACACUGUCAAAUAUCGAUGUGCAAUGAAUGUUUUCAUCAGCAUACAUACUCAUUAUUAGAAGAAUACAAUCUUAUACAAAAUAAAUUUAACGACAUUGCAUUACAAAUACAAAGUAAACAACAACUACUUAAUACAUUUCGAAAUCAAUGUAUGAAAAGUGUCGAUCAAUGUUUUGAUGAAUUAAUUCAAGAUAUUCAUUCGCUACGAAAAGAAUGCACUGAUCAUAUCAAUGAGCAAUAUAACAAAACAAAAGUAACGAAUAAAGAAAAUUUAGCGACAAUCUUGACAGGUCCUCUCACGAGGGAACCUAUCCAACUGUCGGACGCCGUUUGA